UGUGUCUUAAUAUGUAUACAUCGACAGGCGUCCUUUGUACGGGGCACCGCUUUAAGAUUUUAGUUCUACUUGGGAUUAUAGUGAUUGGAAGUGGUUCUCUUAUGGUGAUUGUGUUUUAUGGUGACUCGCUGCCUUAUAUCAAGCACUAUGCAGAAUAUUAUUCACUGUCGCAUUACUUGCAAUCUUCUAUCGGACAUCACAGCACGUUUUACACGGACGGCGAAAUCCGCCAAAUGGCAUCCCAAAUUAAAGAUAUGAAAAAAUGCGAUCCUCAUGCCUUGCUUGGUUCUAAUAAAACUCACAUUUGGGUGAGAAAAGAAAAUUUACCCUAUUACAAUCUAAGUAGCUAUACUAGCAUUGUUUGUUGUUAUAAAUCUUUUUACCGUCCAAAAUCGAUAAAAGACAUCAUGUCUCGUAAAAUUGAUGAUCGAGUCAAAUACAACAAAUGUCGAUUUUUUUCUGACUCUAUAGCAGUUGAAGAUGAAUUUGUCAGAGUCAAUUGUAGUCACGGAAAGGAUUUAUUUCAAAGUUUUUUUGUAUACGCUCGUAAAAAGAAAAUGUCAAUCCAACCAAAGAAUCGAUACAAUAUAUUGAUACUAGGAAUAGACGGGGUAUCCAGAUUAAAUCUGCAUCGAACCAUGCCCAAAACUGUAUCAUUUUUGAACGAUUUGGGAGCCGUAGAAUUGUUGAGAUACAAUAAAGUAGGCGAUAAUACGUUUCCUAACCUGGUACCACUUUUACUUGGUAAACACGAGUCAGAGAUGCAGGAGACAUGUUGGCCAAACAAGAACUUGACGUUCGACAACUGUCCGUUCAUAUGGGAACGGUUCCAGCGGGCGGGCUUCUCCACCGCCUACGUGGAAGACUACGCCAAGAUCGCGACCUUCAACUAUCUGAAGCGAGGCUUCGCGGGCUAUCCCACAGAUUACUACCUUCGUACCUUCAUCCAUGAGGCUGAAGCCUAUACCAGAACAAAAAACAAGGGAAAAUUUUCAAUUUGCUUGAAUGAAAAAUAUAUGUUCAAAAUUAUUCUGGAUUAUGUCGAAGACCUUACAGCUUUGUCAACAAUAAGACUAUUCGGUUUUUUUUGGGAAAACUCAAUUACCCAUGACAAUUUAAACUAUGCAUCAGCAAUGGACGAAGACUACUCAGCCAUGUUUAUGAGAAUGCAAAGCUCUGGCUACUUAAAUAAAAGUAUUAUUUUUGUAUUGAGCGACCACGGCUUCAGAUGGGGAAAAUUUCGGAAAACUAGACAAGGAUUUUUGGAAGAUAGGCUACCUUUUAUCUUAGUAGUUACGCCUCCAUCAUUUCGUACAAAUUUUAAUGAAGCGUACAAAAAUCUUGUACAAAACGUUCAUCGUCUAACUACACCGUUCGAUGUGCACGAAACUUUGAUCGACUUAGUGAAUCUGUAUAAUAUUGAAAAUUCUAAGAUAUUAUCCCGAACGUAUGAUUUUUACUCUAAUCAAAGAAACAUCAGUUUAUUUUUACCGAUUCCAGAGAACAGAACAUGUGAAUCAGCUGCCAUUGACGCCCACUGGUGCGUCGAUAACGGAAAUACUAAAGAAGAUUUAAAUAGUACUUUAGCGAGGGAGGCAGUAAAAUACGCAAUGUCGCAUUUAAAUGGUCUUCUGAAGAAAAACCCAGAGUGUGCCGAGCUAACUCUAGAUAAGGUGUUGCUUGCGACUCGACUUAUAUAUGAUAGUUCCAAAGAGAAAAUAAAGAAAUCAGUUGAGUUGACGGUAGCUUUCAGAACGAAUCCCGGAGGAGGGGAGUUUGAAGCGACACUGGGCAGACAAGGCGGCCCCGGCAGCCCCUGGCUCCUGCUGGGCUCCGCAAGCCGAGUCAACGCCUACGGCAACCAAAGCCACUGCAUCCAAGACCAACAGCACGACGCUCAGUUAAAGCUAUACUGUUAUUGCAUUCAUGUGUAAAAAGCAUCAUUUAGAAACAUG